CUUUUAGUUGAAUAAACUGUAAACAUUAUCACUUUAUAGUUUCUUUUGAUUUGCAGACGAUCAUUCAUCAUUUCAACUUCAGAAGUCGAAAGAUGAAGUCGACCGUUAUAGUUGCCUUGAUCUUGGGCACGCUGAUUGCCAUUGUUAUCUGUGCACCGAUGCCUGCAGCAAGUUCCGGUGAAGUGAUUUGCAGCAGAAAAGGUUGUAUAUUUCCCGACAAGGAUUACGGACCCACAGUGACACCUUACACCCCGACGCUUAAGCCGAGGGUUCGAACGUUAAUAGUGCCACCGAUUUGGGUCAACACAACUUGGUUCGAAGAGAUUGCCAAAUCAUCCACUACUCUGGGGCCUCAAGAAGAUCGAAGUUCAACGUUAUCCGGUGAGGAUGACAACGACGACAAUGAAGAAGAUAACAUGGUUUAGUAUAAUUUUGAAAGAAUGAAUCAGAAGUUAGCUAACACAGAAAUAAAGAAGUUGUCAUUAUUUUUUUU